AUUAUUCGAAGGGAAAGAUGAUCCAAAGCUUGUUUAUCAUCACGUCGACGGGCGAGACCAUCAUCGAGAAGCAUUGGCGCGGCACCACGAACCGAACGAUAUGCGACUACUUUGUUGAAGAGGUCAACCGGCACAAGCUGCGGGAGGACGUGCCGCCGAUCAUCUCGACGGCGAAUCAUUACCUCAUCAGCGCCUUUCGAGAAGAGCUGUUCGUGCUGGCUGUGAUCACAAACGAGAUUUCGCCGCUGUUUGUGAUCGAGUUUCUCCAUCGCGUCGUGGCAGUGUUCAAGGAAUACUUUGGCAAGUUUGAAGAGUCUGUGAUCAAGGACAACUUUUCGACCGUGUACCAGUUGCUUGAGGAAAUGCUCGACAACGGAUACCCCCUCACGACCGAGCCGAACGCGCUCAAGGCGAUGGUAGCGCCGCCCCCGGGCGCCGUUGGACGUCUCGCGGCCAUGGUGUCUGGACGGUCGGGGGUGAGUGACUCGUUGCCCGAUGGCGCGCUGUCCAACAUUCCAUGGCGCAAGGCGGGCGUGAAAUACUCGCAGAACGAAAUCUACUUUGACGUAAUCGAAGAGAUUGAUGCGAUUGUGGACGCAAAUGGGGAGAUGCUGCAGUGCGAAGUCCACGGGGCCAUCCACGGCAACUGCCGCCUCUCGGGGGUUCCCGACCUCACCAUGGUCUUCCGCGACCCUUCAGUCAUCGACGACUGCUCAUUCCAUCCGUGCGUCCGGUAUGCCCGCUACGAACAUGAUCGCGUGAUUUCAUUUGUCCCGCCCGACGGGGUCUUUGAGCUCAUGCAAUACCGGGUCCAAGUCAAUCACGUCGUGCCGCCCAUCUACUGCCAGCCAUCGAUCGUAUACGACAAACCUCCCAAUCAUGGCGGCAUCGGCGGCGGCGCCAUAGACCUCGUGCUUCUGCAGCGCAACAUGCCGACGCUGGUGUCCACAUCGAAAAAAGGACUCCGGCCCGAAGAUGUGUCGGUGGAAGUGAUCUUCCCGUCCGCUGUACGAACUGUCAAUGCCAACACGAACCACGGCAGUUGCUUGUUUGAUGAUGUUACCAAGACGUUGAAGUGGACGGUCAAGUGGAGCAAGAAGGUGCUGUCGCCGACCUGCCACGGCACGAUCGUUCUGCAUGCGAACGCGUCGAUUCCGGACGAGAAGCCCUUGGUUCUGCUCCACUUUGGGGUGCCCCUGAGCUCCGUGAGCGGACUCUUGGUCGAGUCGCUGGUCUUAUCCAAUGAAAAGUACAAGCCGUACAAGGGCGUGCGCACGCUCACCAAAACUGGGCGGUUUCAAAUCCGCACGUAAAAUUAUAUCAAGCACAAGAAUAGAAAUAAACCCUCUGUGUUAUAUAUAAAAUACACACAAUUGUCUACAGA